UUUUCUUUUUUUAAAUUUCAUUUUAUUUAAAAGAACAUCACCGGACGAAACAUUAACGGCCAAUAUGACUUAGAAUAGAACAGAAUCGAGGUAUUAUUUAAACGGGGGAUUUCUUCAGAGUGUCACCGUGUGGGUGCGGUGAAUUGGGAAAAUGUUUUCCUAUCUGCCGCCUUUGAUAAUUACAAUGUUAGAGAAUCAUUAACAGACACCUGGCUUUAUUAUGAGAAUGUGGUGUGUUUUCUGGUGAAUUUCCCGCCCGUUUCUCUAAUUAAAUGUAUCUUUAUAACGUCCAGCAACAGGAGAAACGGAUUAAAUACGCGCAUAUUAUACAUCUCUUUAUAUUAUUAUAUUCAGCUCUAUUGGAAAGAAAACCUGUUUUAAACCGGAAUAUCUCGACCACUGGUCCAGUUAUGGUAUUACGAACAUUUCUCCCGCUUUGAUUAGUGUUAGUUAUAUCAGUUGACCGCUACACACCCUAAUAUUCGGUUAGGUUUACCGCAAACCACAAAGAAAACCCGAGAAUAAUGAAUGAACGACUAAAAGAACUUCGAGAGAGAUCUCAGGAAAGGAAAAAGCUUCUGGCUUUAGCUCUGGGAGCUUCCGGUCCAGAAGGAUUAAAGACAAUUCUACACAGUGAUGUUAAUGUUGAGAAGAAGUCACAAGACAGCGCCAGUGGGAGCAGCAGUUUGAACCAUCCUUCCCGUCUUACUACGUCUAGCGAAGCUUCUGUAGCAUUGGACAACAACAAGAACAAGACUUUUGAUGAUAUUGAUGAAUAUGAGCCUGAAGAAAUCUACACCGAUUCCAGUACAUUUCUGAAGGGGACACAAAGUGCGAACCCUCACAAUGAUUACUGCCAGCAUUUUGUCGACACUGGUGAGCGACCUCAGAAUUUCAUCCGAGAUGUUGGAUUGGCCAACAGAUUUGAAGAAUAUCCGAAAUUACGGGAACUGAUCCGACUUAAAGACAGUUUAAUUGGGAAGUCAAACACUCCUCCAAUAAUAUUGCUCUUAAAUGUUUCUUUUUUUUUUUCUAUUGUGUAUCAGAUUGAACGCCUGGACAUUCCAGCAGUGGCUGCCCAGCGGUCAUUCUUGUGGAUAUGGUGUGGGAAUGCCGAAGGUUUGGAACGAGGAAGAACUUGCCUGAAACGGUGGGGGUUUCGAAGAUGUGAAGACAUAUGUUGGGUUAAAACCAAUAUAAAAAAUCCAGGACACAACAAGAACUUACAACCCAACGCUACUUUCCAGAGGACCAAGGAGCAUUGCCUGAUGGGUAUAAAAGGUACGGUGAAGCGUAGCACAGAUGGCGACUUCAUUCACGCCAACGUGGACAUCGACCUGAUCAUCGAAGAGGAGUCUGAGUACUCGAGCAAGGACAAACCCGUUGAGAUCUUUCAUAUCAUAGAACAUUUCUGCCUGGGCAAGAGGCGGUUGCACAUAUUCGGCAGGGACAGCACGAUCCGUCCAGGUUGGGUGACCAUAGGGCCAGAGCUGACCAGCAGCAACUUCAAUGCCAACAUGUACAAACAAAUUGUGAACAAGGACGUGUUUGGUCACCUGACUGGCUGCACGGAUGAGAUUGAACGGCUCCGGCCGAAGUCCCCGCCCCCCAAGAACAAGCCUGGCAACAACAGUUCGGAGAGGGGCAACAAAGAUGGCCGUGGAGGUGUGUCUGGACGAGGGGGCGUCUCUGGACGAGGCGGCAACCCCAGUCGAGGCUCGUCGCAGCCGAGAGGUGGUGGCAACAAGGGCAUGUUGGUCAGCAACCGAGGGCACCUUGGCCGGAGUCGUGGCGGUGUGAUGGGAAGCAGAAUGCGAGGAGGUGGGCGUGGUGGUUUCCGUGGACGUGGGCACAGAGGCAACCAAAUGCAGCGAUAAGUCUGUCCACCUUAGGGACCACUUCUUCCUUACCCCUGCUCCAUUUUGGCAGUCACAUUGAUCCCUUCUUCAUAGAAUAUUUUACAUAAACCAACAUUCUCCAUUUUCAUUUUUACAUCGUCCUUGUGUUGAUUUUAGUUACUGACCAUUACAUUCUUCAGAGACAAAUGUGUGUGUGUGUGUUUAUGUGUAUGUAUGUACCUGGGAGGCAUGGUUAAAUUGCUAAGAGGUUUAACUAAACAACCAUGGGGUCACAAUCUCCAUGGUAUAGCUUUUAGUGUUACUAGAGUGGUCUUGUUGGGGAGUUGGCCCGAACCUUGUCUGGACAAAAACUGACUGGCUGAUCAACAGAACUGUGCCUGUAUCUGAAAUUUGAAAGGUGGGGUUAACCUUCAGCAGUGGUUCCCAACCAUUUACUACCUAUGAAACCCCUUGAUUCGUAAUUUACCUGGUGGUAGUGGUGGGGACUAUCAUAGCUAUUCAAUGUUUAAAAAAAAUCCUCUUAUAUUUUUAUAAUUUAAUAUUAUUUGGUAUUGUAUAAAAAAAAAAAAUGUUAAAAUAUUGUGUAUAUUGUAAAAAUAUAACCAGUUUAUUGCAUGUAAAUUUCAACAAAAUCUUAUAUGGAUCCUUGUUGAGAACCAUUGCUGUUCUGUUAAUUCUGCCAGGGUCUUACAUUAAGAAUAUGAGUGUGGAAUAUUCAGCCACUUACAGCAUUAAAUAAUGAGACAAAAUCUCUGUGUUGGAUGAAGUGUUGCUGUAAUGUGACAGACCACACUGUGUUACACCAAGCCUGGCUGAGUAUUUAUACAUUGAGUACAUGUGUCUGAGAUACUCAGCCACCUUUGUUAUGAUACAGCGAAUAGGUAGUUCUGUUGAUAAGACAGCUGGAAUAGUUGUCACUGAAACUGACAUAAGGUCCACUUGUAUGUAUGUAUGUAGGUACAUUUGGUGUAUAUAUGGCUGUGUUUGUGUGCAUGCAUGUGUGCGUAUGUACCUCUGUGUGUGUGUGUGUGUGUAUCACCUGAGUUUUCAAACUUGUCAUGUGAUCUGAGUCAUUUAUCAGAUUUGUCUCGUGCAUCCUUAGCCAUCAUGGAAUUCAUGGAAUUGGUAAAUAUCAAGGUUUCCCUUGAUAUAUAAUUUUAAAACCCAACAUUAAAACAUAUUUGUCUCAUCAUUUUCCUGAAAUGUUUAUAAACAAAACAAAACAAAAAGACAAAAAAAAAAAUCAGUAUAAAUAGACUGAAAAAACCCCCAAAAAAACAUGGAAAUCCCUGCGGAUUUCUCUCACUAUACAUAAAUACAUAUAUUUUUUAUUAAUGUCUUUCUGAUUAAACUUGUAAAACGGGAAAGGACAAACCUAUCACUCACUCUGCCAGCAAUCUGGCACUGACAAUUAAUUCCAGACAUCAUUUGUGGCCAAAGUGUUUUACCUUGGUGCCAGGGUUGUCUCUUUGACAUUCUUUGCUCCAGUGACGCUAGUUCCCACUACUUCAUACCCCCUGCCCCCCACUCAUUACGAAUACCUAGUGUCAUUUUUUGAUAUUUUCCUUUCCAAAUCAAGUCCUUUGAUGGUCAGUCUUUUUAUCAAAUCCUUCCACCCCAAUCUUGAUUAAACGGCUGAGCAUCGUUUUCAGUAAAUUUUCUUUAUCAAAAACUUUUUUUUCUCAUGAAA